UUUUAGUGCAGGCUGCUGAAAGAGACAAGAUUUGACUUCCUCUUUGUAGUGUAAAUACUACGUUCCUGUGAAUCAACAGAAAUAAGAAAGUAAAUAGUACUGAGAAAACACAUCUAGACGUUGAAAAAAAUGUGGUUUCAGAUCCAACAGCCCAGCUGGAGCGCCGAGGGCGAGGGGGAAAGCGCGGCGCAUGCGCAGAAGGCGGUUGUCGAAGAAUCGAAGUAAAUAGAAUCGGAGCUGAAACGCUGGAAGCUGAACUUUAGUGACGUCAUCGCGCCACACAGAGCUGGCUGGCGGAGUAGUAGUGCGCGAGAUAGAUAGAGGCGCGCUGUAGUAAAGCACGCACUGCCAUGAACUUCGGAGUGUAAACUUCGCUGUUUUUGUCGCCGACGGACUGGUGCGGGAAACUACAACGAUUUUUUUUCUGCUUUUUUUUCUCUUAACAGAACUAAACACAACAGACGGGCGUUUGGAGAAUUAGUCGUAUUCGUUCUUUUCUUCUUCCUUCCCCAAAGCCAUGUCCUCCGCGGCGGUCGCUGCCUCGCGCAGGCAGUCGUGCUAUCUGUGCGACUUGCCCCGCAUGCCGUGGGCGAUGAUUUGGGAUUUCACGGAGCCAGUGUGCAGGGGGUGCGUGAACUACGAGGGCGCUGAUCGCAUCGAGUUCGUGAUCGAGACCGCGCGGCAGCUCAAGAGGGCUCACGGCUUCCAGGAAGGCAGGUCGCAUGGAGCGGGCAAGUCGGCCAAGGACAUUCAGUCCGUGAACCACGCGGCUGGAGACGGUGGCUCGCGGGCGCCGCCGCCGCAGACCCUGGACCGCUACUCCCUCUCUUCGGACAGACCGCCCCGCCUCGGGCCCGAGUAUCAGCCCGGCGCCAGGCAGGCGAACGGCCUCCCCGUUCCGAAUGGAUUCCCCAAACCUGACGAGCCGCCGGAGCUGAACCGCCAGAGCCCCAAUCCUCGCAGGGCGAGCGCGGUCCCGCCGAGCCUCGUGCCUUUGGUGAACAUUAACGGGGCUCUGCCAGUGAACGCGCUCAACGGCCGGCCACCUCCCAUGGGGAUCCCGGGCGCGUUAACGGUCGAGCACGGCGGGAAGCGGUCGGACGACGCGAAGGACAAACACCGACCGGACAGCGUGUCUGACCUGGGCGAGAGUCACAAGCGCGACGACUGGAUAGGAAAAGGCAAGACGGUCCGCGACCUCAUGGCCCUGCAAAAUCCGGAAGGCAGGUUCAAGAAGGAGCACGCAGCCAUGCAGCACCGAAUGGGAUACGAGACCUCUGCCUCGUCAAAAACAGAUCGAGGCAAGCAACCUCGAAGCAGCAUGAAGAGGAAAGCCUCCCCAGAGCCUGAGGGUGAGGGCGCAGGCACUAAGCUGAACGGUGACGGGCUGCCUUGGUCUUCCUGCACAUCUGAAGUGCCAAAGCUUCCUGCUGCAGCUCUGCCAGGCUACACCACCGCACCUCCUUCCACCAUCUCUCCACACCCACGCACCACGCCGCCUGAGGCUGCUUUGACUGUGCACAACGGCCAGUCUCCCAUGGCUGCCCUCAUCCAGGCAGCGGACAACGCUGGCAGCGCGGGCACCGGCUCGCCCAAAGACGCCAACCAGGUGCACUCCACUACAGCAAGGAGGAACAGCGGCAGCCCGCUCUCUCCCUCCUCAGCCGGCCAGCGGCGGCUCACCCAAAGGGACGUGAUGGGCGCAGGGGUGGCAGGCACGGCUGCUGCAGGCACAGGUGCCAGCCAUGUCCCAGGUGUAGUAGACCCUCAGGGUGGUCACCCACAGAGCAUUCCGGACUCGUCGGUGCCUCCUGGCAGCGUUCCCCUGUGCUGCACCUUGUGUCAUGAGCGGCUUGAGGACACACAUUUCGUGCAGUGCCCAUCAGUGCCCUCACACAAGUUCUGCUUCCCCUGCUCACGCGAGAGCAUCAAACAGCAGGGUGCCACGGGCGAAGUGUACUGCCCCAGCGGCGAGAAAUGCCCACUGGUGGGCUCCAACGUGCCCUGGGCAUUCAUGCAAGGGGAAAUAGCGACCAUCUUGGCCGGAGACGUGAAAGUAAAAAAGGAGAGAGACCCUUGAUUUUUCCACACUAUUCUGUUUUCCUCUUUUUUUUGUUACAUUUGUUUUUUCUUGCAAAAGAUUCAAAAACGACAAAUGACAUACACACACACACAUACGAUUUCAGAUGACUAUAAAUAAAUCAAAUUGCAUACCAUCCAAGCAGAAAUUAUGGGACAUGUACAUAUGGACUCAAGGGAAGUGUACACUUCAUAAACAUGGCUGUAUAAAUUUUUUUGAUUUUCCCUUUUUGAAUACAUUGUUUCUAUAUUUUUUGAAGAUGAAAAGGUAUGUACACAUUCUAACAGACUACUUUCACCCCCCCGCCCCCCCCCCCCUUUCCAGUUGUUGUUAAACGCCAAUUAUCAGUGUACUAUUAGAACUGGUGGCAGUCCAUGUUUAAACAUAGAAUGUGACUAAAACUACUCUAUGAGCACUUGGCAAAACUGAAAUGCUUCUAGCUGUACUUGUAUGCACUUGUUUAAAAUUGCCAAAUACAAUUUUUGACCUUGUAAUAACA